AUGGCUGUUUGCUCCUUCUUCUUGAGAGGCACUUGCAAAUAUGGCAGCAAUUGCCGGAACUCUCACGUGGUCGAUGGGGCCAACAAGGCCGCCACUAACAGUAGCGCUUUACCGGGGCCUGACAGCUUCGAAACGAUUUCCCGGACGAUGCAAGACGACCUGACGAGCGAGAAACCGCUGUACUAUCUCUCGGUUUACUCACCCCACAAGUCAGCCAUUAACAUGAUUGAUGGCACCGACGUGUCGCCGGAAGAGCUCCGGUUCCAAGCCUAUCAAGCUCGCGCCAACAACACAACCUCCCAAUACGUGGCCCAUGAAAGUCAGCUUCUACAGCAGAUGGAUUCGGUGGUGAAGAUGGUCACCCAGAACCCGAAGGAAUCCUACAAGCAUUUCUACCACACCCAGAAGGCGCUAAACGAUCCGAGCUCGACGUUCCGGAAGCCCACGGGAGGGGUGACGUCAUUUGGGGUGAGUGCGUUUGGCUCGCCGAGCCCAGCGAGCGGCGGCGCAUUUGGGCAAGCGGCCCAAGCUUUUGGGGGGUCUUCUUCUGCGGGCGGGUUCGGGGCGUUCAGCUCGCAGACCUCGACGACUCCGACGGUGUCAGCGUUCGGCCAGCCGUCGUCGGUCCGGCCAGCGAUGAGCGCCUUUGGCCAGCAACAACAGCCCUCGGCCUUCGGCACGCCUUCCUCCUCCGGCACGCAGCCCGGGCCGGCGACCGCGUUUGGAAAGCCGUCCGCAUUCGGCGCGCCCGCGGCCUUCGGCGCUCCCUCGGCACCGUCCGCCUUUGGCCAGCCUUCCCCAUUCGGAGCCGCCUCUGCUUUCGGCAGCACGGCCAACCCCUCUGCGAGUGCCUUCGGGAUGGCCUCUCAGCCGACCGGCGGCUUUGGCUCGGCUGCGCAGGGCACCUCGGGCUUCGGGGCAAGCGCCCAGACUGCCCCCGCCUUCGGGGCGGCCUCGACCGGCUCGUCCGUCUUCGGCGCAGCCACUCAACCAGCGACAUCAACUCCCUCGGCCAGCGCCUUUGGCGGCCAAUCGGCGCUCGGCACCUCGACGAGCGCAUUCGGCCAGCCCACGACCGGUUCGGGCACAAGCUUUGGUCACCCAUCCGCCUUCGGCCAGGCCCAGCAGCAGAGCCCAUCCUCCGCAUUCGGAAAGCCGUCGGCAUUCGGCCAGUCCGCAUUCGGGAAACCGGCCGCCUUUGGCCAGUCGGGCUUCGGCCAACAACCGGGCCCCUUCGGAGCAGGCCCCGCGACUCCCACUCCUUCGAUGACGCCUCAGACAACGACCACAACGGCCUUCGGACAAUCGUCGGCCUUCGGAGGCACAGGACCAUCGACAACGCCGUUCGGCCAGCCUCCCUCCACCAUGACCACUCCCCCAUCAAGCAAUACUCAAGCCGGUGGUCAGGGGCCGGCCGGGGCCGGCGGCUUUGCCGCUUUUGCGGGCGCCUCGCUUGCCACCCCGAGCUUCUCAUCCCUCAACCAAGCUACUACUACCCCUCCCUCGACCACUCCGGAAGCUCCCAAGCCGACAGUCUCCGCCUUCGGGACCCCGGCCUCCUCCCUCCCCGCGCCCACCAAGCCCGCCCCUUCCUCGUCGUUCUUCGGCUCCACUCCUGCCAACCACGCCCAGCCCUCCUCCCUCAAAUCCGCCGCAAAUACCUUCAAACUCGUCGACCCUUUCUGGGCUGACGCUCCCGCUGAACAAGAUCUGUCGCCCGCCCUUCUCGCCGCUUUUAAGGCCGAUCUCUUCGCUUGGGAGUGUAUUCCGGACGUCCCUCCUCCCCUCUCCCUACGCUAA